UCAGCAACCUCUCUCUCUCUCCCUCCACAGCAAGCACAGGGCACUGAGGGCAGUUCUUUUCUCUCUCUAAAAAUCUUGUCUUAGGAAAGCAGCAAGCUUCACAGUCCCACUCCGCUUAAUAACAACCGGCCACCAAAGCAAGAAAAACAAAAACCCUGCAGCCCUCUCUCUCUCUCUUGCUGUCUCUAUCACUACUCUAUUCAUGCGGUUCUCUUCUCUUUCGCAGCGCCGCCAAGCGAAGCCAGUGAGGGGCGAGGCUACGGCGAUCUGGUAUCUUUUAUUCCUUUUGUAACGGCGAACUUUUAGAGGGUGAUAUUAAGGCGAGGCGGCCGUGUAAGAGAGGAGAUCCUGACGGAGGCCAUGGUGGUUUCGGCCUCCGAGGCCUCCGCUGCGCGAAAAAACCCUACCGCCGCCUAUCGGCCGAACGAUCCGCCGCCGAUUCCGUCGCGCCGACCCUUAACUCCCUCCGAGAGAGACAAUGCCGCUGUUUCUCGGCGACCACGGACCAAGGAAAUUACGUCAAGGUAUCUUUCCUCUUACUCUUCAUCUUCCUCUACUACGUCCACUUCCUACUCGUCCAACACCACUACCUCUACCUCCUCCUACUCCUCUUCUUCUCGGCGAUUUCCUUCCCCUGUUCUCAACACCCGACCCUCGACACCGCCCGCGAAGCGGUCGCAGUCGGUGGAUCGGACCCGCCCGUCCACCCCACGGCCAGAUCCCCGUGGUGGUGGUGGUUCCGAGGGCUCGAAUGCCGCGAGGGCCCUCUGCACCACUACCCGGAGUCUCUCGGUUUCCUUCCAAGGCGAAUCGUUCUUCUACCAGACCAGUAAGGCGAAGACACCGUCCCCUAUUCCCUCAAGGAAGCCUACGCCCGAGCGCAAACGUCCCAGCACGCCGGUGAGAAACUCCGCUGCUGGUGCGGCGCAGCAGUUGGAGAGUUCGAGGCCCUCGGACUUCCACCAACGAUGGCCUGCAGCCAGGAGCCGGCAAUCUAGUUUGCUUGCCAAAAGCUUGGAGUGCUCUGCCGAGAAGAAUGACCUUCUUGCAACCGUCCAGUUGCUGCGGCAGUCAACGUUAUUCGACGAUGGUACAGGCAGGGCGUCAUUUGAUAGGGCAGAGCUGUCAGCUUCUUCAGACAUGGACAUUGUUUCAUCUGGAGGCAAUUCCGGUGGGGCUCCUGAGCUAAAUGCACCUCGGCAGGCUCAGGUCACUUCUAGAGGCAUUAGCGUGCCUGCGAGAUUUUGGCAGGAGACAAAUAGCAGACUUCGCCACUUAUCAGAGCCCGCGACACCACUAUCUUCAUUUGGCCCAAGGAACUCAUCCACACCGAAGCUAGCUUCUGUGAGGAGAACAUUGAUUGACAGCCCUUCACUGAUUUCUCGCACUGCUUCUUCCCCACUCAAGGGACCAGUGAGGCCUUCUAGUCCAAAUAAACCUGCAAGUUCUGCAUCCAGGGUAAUUGCUAGCCCUUCACAAGCAAGGGGUACCAGCACACUGGCCAGUUCCUCACCUGCAAACCUUCAAGCAAAUGCACCUUCAAUUUUAAGCUUCGCUGCCGAGGUGAGGAGAAAUAGGAAAGGUGAGAAUCGGAUUGAAGAGGCUCAUAUGCUGAGACUGUUGCACAACAGGCACUUACAAUGGAGGUGUGCAAAUGCAAGAACCAACACUAUUGUGAUGGUUCAGAGAAUGGUUGUAGAGAAGAAUCUUUAUAAUGAAUGUAUAACAACCUCGGAGGUGCGUGACUCAGUUACAACUAAAAAGAUCAGGCUUCAGUUCCUGUCACAGCAUCUAAAACUUGCUACCAUUCUUAAGAGCCAGGUAAAUUUCAUCUUAAUGUGUCACAUUGUUUCAUUUGAUGCCUGUUAA